AGAAUGGGCGAGCUGAGAGCAGCCUGGGAGAGGCAGCGCGAGCGUACAGUGCAAGUCUGUCGAGCACCUGAUCAACCAGAGGAUGCAUCAGGCCGUUCUUACUUUCAGUCUCCACUGUUUUUAAAAACGUUCCGCACAGUGACUGAAAUGUGGCGCGUGCGUUGAACAGAGUAGACGCGUUCGAGUUUCAUUCCUUUGCGCACUGGAAGCGUUUCAGCGAAUCAUAAUGAAUGACAUAAAAGUUGCAGUUCUGGGAUCCGAGGGUGUCGGGAAAUCAGCACUUAUUGUUCGAUUUCUAACCAGGAGAUUUAUUGGAGAAUAUGCAUCAUCAUCAGAGUGCAUUUACAGAAAGCGCAUGUCUAUAGAUGGAAGACAGCAUAAUCUUGAACUGUAUGACCCCUGUUCUCAGCCAUGCGAGGGGAAGUCCACACUCAAUGAGCAGAUCCAUUGGGCCGAUGGCUUUGUGGUCAUUUACGACAUCAGCGAUCGUUCCUCCUUCCUCACAGCCAAAGCCAUAGUUCACCUGAUCCGAGAGCUUCACCUGGGAGGGUCUAAAAGGGACACAGACUCUGUGAUUUUCCUGGUGGGCAAUAAGCAAGACUUGUGCCACAUGCGGGAAGUGGACAGGGAGGAAGGCCAGAAGUUGGCGUCCGAGUGCCGCUGUCAGUUUUACGAGCUGUCUGCUGCAGAGCACUACCAGGAGGUGGUGCUCAUGUUCUCCAAGAUCGUGCGCAAUGCCAGUCUGGGAGGCAAGGCAAAGGAGCGCCGCCGUCGCCCUAGCGGUUCAAAGUCCAUGGCCAAACUCAUCAACAAUGUCUUCGGAAAAAGGCGGAAAUCUGUUUAAAAAACGAACUUGGACAAUUGUUACAGGACUGACGCAUGAGAUGCGCCACACUUGUUUAUAUAGUUCCUCACCGCUUAUUGUUAAUGCCGUGUCUUGUCUUGGCCACACAGUCAUUAC